AGCAGCGCGCGCCAAUGUGUCAGUAAACAAUUGCAAUAAAUCAAAGCUUGUCAGCGAUUCUCACGAGUGUUCGGCGGCAACAAACGACAACAGCGCAAAUUCGGGCUCACCUGUCGCACUGUUGCGGCACUAGUGCGCUUGUGUGUGUUGCGGCGCGCGGAUAUGUGUCAUUUUGUGGCGUGAACGUGUUAAAAAUUAAUUUGCAUAAAUAGCAAAUAUUUCGUGUUGACAGAGUAAAUAUUUGCCAGCAUAUGCAGGUGGCAACGCCAAAAAUCGUGUAAUAAAUUAUAGCGCCACACAUUUGUUGAAAAUUGCAAUUUUCAGCGCAUACUUAAUGCGAAAUUUAUGCAUUUAUUUAUUUAUUUGUGCUUAAUGAAAAUAAAAACAAAAACAAAUUGCAGAAAAAUAAUUAAAAAACAACAACGCAGUAAUUGAUUAAUAGCGGUGACAAAUUAACAAAUGCAUAACCGCAAAAAUAAGUGCAUACAAGUGUGUCUAUGAGCUUGUGGCAGCCGUGUAGAUGAAAAACCGACCACAGCGCCUGUGCCUAUGCAACACAUUGUGGCUGUCUAGCAUUUGCAGCGCUUAAGAAGUGAGUAGGCACAAGAAUAAGAGCAUUUAAGCCAAACUGAGUGCCGGAAAUAAAGUAAAUUACAAAGCGAGUAAGAAAAGACAGGAAAUUCGUGGAAGCGCCGCCCAUAAAAAUGCACAACAGCAGCGCGUAGAAAGUAGAGAAAUAAUAUUUUAUAAAAGCGUAAAAUUAAAUAAGAAAGCCACUUAGCUUAAGCUGCUUGGUUUUUGUUCCGAAUGCAAAGGCGGCUGCGUCACGGCGGAAGUGCCAACACAAAGCGAGUAUAAAACAAGUAUUAAAUUGACGUUAAAAAAGUGCGCUCUGCAGUGCACACAUAAAAGAAGCAACCAAAACAAAGAAGCGGUACGUUAAUAAAGCACACAAAAUAAAUUAACAAUAACCAACAACAACAACAAUUGCACACUAGCGCUCAAGUGUGCCCAUUUUCAUAACAAUGCGCAUAAUUUCGCAUAGCAUACGUUGCGGCGCGCAAGCUUAUGCCGCCAACGCGGCACAUACAAUUAACAAAAACAGCGCUACACAGCCCACCAUAAGCGCUACCACCACCGCUGCUACCACCGUUACGAAACAGACAUCUACUCAAGCCACCGAAAUAUUUGCAAACACUGCGCCACAGCAGCAACGCAGCGUCAGCGUAUUGUCCGUUAACGCGUCACCAUUAGCUGUGUCAGAAUUGGCUUGCGCCACCACGUUGCAGGCAGUUGCGUCGCCAACAGUUACGUCAGCAGCCACACGGCAAUCGCAAAUGCAGUCACAGUCGCACAACACGCUAUCAACUACAGCAUUGCCACGUCGCUCCUACGCGGCACAAUUCAGAAUGAAUUGCCCCAUUUUAAUUGUAAUUAGCCUCGCUUGUAUCCUGCAUGCCGGUAUGCUGUGGCAUGGUGCAGGUGCAGCAAUUUCAAAUCGAG